AAUAAAUCUUCCGCUGCACGAAUCACACAAGGACCGCUUCACAUCCGUCGCGGAACCUUCCUUCUUCGAUCUCCCGCUCAUCAGUCUUCUGCUACUCUGCUUCUCCUUCGGGGGGCUUCUUAGCUCUCUCUCUCUUUUCUCCUCUCAGUUCAGCCAUAACUGUGCAAUACACCCUUCUCACAUUCCUAAACCCUAAAUCACAGCCCAAACGCUUCAAUCUCUACUCGCGUUCCAACCGUACCUGCAGUUCUCUAGGGCACGAUGCCGUCCCUGAUAACUCCAGGUAAAAUUCUCCGGUUGGAGCUCGAGAACUUCAAGUCGUACAAGGGCCGGCAGGUGAUCGGUCCCUUCUAUGACUUUACGGCCAUAAUUGGCCCGAAUGGGUCCGGCAAGUCUAACCUCAUGGACGCAAUCAGCUUUGUCCUCGGCGUGCGAUCCAAUCAUCUCCGUGGUGCGCAGCUCAAAGAUUUGAUCUACGCUUCUGACGACCGUGAGAAGGAGCAGAGGGGGAGGAAGGCCUUUGUCCAGCUUGUGUACCAGAUGGGCAACGGCUCGGAGCUUCUGUUCACGAGGACCAUCACUGCUGCGGGGAGCAGCGAGUACCGGAUCGAUCAGAAGGUUGUGACAUGGGAUGAGUACAACUCAAGGUUGAAGUCUCUGGGUAUUCUUGUGAAGGCCAGGAAUUUUCUUGUAUUCCAGGGUGAUGUGGAAUCAAUUGCUUCAAAGAACCCAAAAGAGCUCACUGCUCUUCUUGAGCAGAUUUCUGGGUCUGAGGAGCUAAAAAAAGACUAUGAGGACCUUGAAGAGGUAAAAGCAACAGCUGAAGAAAAAUCAGCUCUUGUAUACCAAGAAAAGAGAACUGUUGUCAUGGAAAGAAAGCAAAAGAAAGCACAAAAAGAAGAAGCCGAAAAGCAUUUGCGCUUGCAAGAUCAAUUGAAGCUGUUAAAGCAAGAUCAUUUCUUAUGGCAACUUCAUAACAUUGAGAAGGACACAGAAAAGUUGAAUGCAGAACUUGGAAAUGCUAAGGAGGAGCUAGUUGGUCAUACCAAAAAGCAGGAGGAUUACGAUCGACAGUUGGAUGUGAAAAAGAAAGAGCAGAAUGCACAUUUAAAAGAAAUCUCAUUGAGUGAGAAAAAUAUAUCAAAGAAAAAAGCUGAAUUAGAUAAGAAGCAACCAGAGCUUUUAAAACUUAAAGAAGCAGCAUCUCGGGUCAAUUCAAAAAUUAAAAGCAGCAAGAAAGAGCUGGAGAAAAAGAAAGAUGAGAAGCGAAAGCAUGAAAAAGAAAUAUUGAAGCUAGAAAAUGACUUGGCCGAUGUGAAGAAAGCCAUGGAUGUGCUGAAUGAGCGCGGUCAGGAUGGAGUUGCCAAGCUGCAGUUAGCUGAUAAUCAACUUGAGGAAUAUCAUAGGAUCAAGGAGGCGGCUGGGACAAAAACUGCCAAAUUAAAGGAUGAGAAAGAAGUUCUUGAUAGGCAACUACGUGCUGCUGAUGAAGCUUGUAAAAACUUGAAUGAGAAUCACCAAGAGCUCAGAAGCCGCGAACUGGAGCUUUCUUCACAGGAAGAGCAGUUGAAAACAAAAUUGAAGAAAGUUUGUGAGGCAAUUGCGAAGCAUAACGAAGAAAUUUCACGGGCUAACAAAGAACUGAAAGAAUUACAAACUGAUAUCAGCUCAGCUCGGGGAAGAUAUCAAAGUCUGAAGCAGAAAGUUGAAGAAUGUGAUCAAAAAUUGCGGGAGCUGAAGGCUGAUAAACAUGAAAGUGAACGAGAUGCUCGAUUGUCAGAGACUGUGCAGAGUCUUAAACGGCUAUUUUCAGGAGUCCAUGGUCGGAUGACUGAACUUUGCAGGCCCUCGCAGAAAAAAUUUAAUCUUGCUGUUACAGUUGCUAUGGGCAAGUUUAUGGAUGCUAUAGUUGUAGAAGAUGAAAAUACAGGAAAAGAGUGCAUUAAGUAUUUGAAGGAACAACGUCUCCCUCCACAGACAUUCAUACCUUUGCAAUCUGUUCGUGUGAAACCAAUAAUUGAGAAAUUGCGCACUCUGGGUGGUACUGCACGGCUCGUAUUUGAUGUAAUACAAUUUGACCGAUCUUUGGAGAGGGCCGUCUUAUUUGCUGUUGGGAAUACCCUGGUAUGUGAAGAUCUUGAAGAAGCUAAAAUUCUUAGCUGGAGUGGGGAGAGGCAGAAGGUGGUUACCAUAAAUGGAAUACUCCUGUCAAAGUCGGGCACAAUGACUGGUGGGUUAAGCGGUGGGAUGGAAGCAAGGUCAAAUAAGUGGGACGAAAGUACAAUUGAGGCCUUUAAGAAAAAGAAGGAUAAGUUCGAAUCAGAAAUGGAUGCCCUUGGCUCGCUCAGAGAUUUGCAAAUGAAAGAAUCAGAGAUAUCAGAAAGAAUAUCUGGGUUGGAAAAGAAAAUCCAUUUUUCCAAAAAGGAAGAGGAGAAUAUUAGGGUUAAGCUUUUAAAGCUAAAGGAAGAAAAGAGUAAUGUUAUAAAAGAGAUAAGUCGUAUCAAGCCGGAUCUUGUGAAGCUGGAAAGUCUCAUUACUAAGACAAGUGAAGAUAUUCGUAAACUUGAAAAAAGGAUAAACGAAAUCUCUGAUCGCAUUUACAAAGAAUUUAGCGAGUCUGUAGGAGUCCAAAACAUUCGUGAAUAUGAAGAAAAUCAACUUAAAGCUGCUCAGGAGAUGUAUGAAAGAAAACAAAGCUUAUCCAAGCAGAUGUCAAAAUUAAAAUAUCAGCUGGAGUAUGAACAAAAGCGCAACAUGGAAUCACCUAUUGAAAAAUUAAAGCUGUCUCUGGAAUCAUUAGAGAAGGAGGUGAAAGAACUACAGAAGAAAGAACAUGAUGCAAAGCUGUCAGCAGAAAAUAUUGCAAGUCAGAUGGAAGCGUUGAGUGUUAAAGCAAAUGAAUGGAAGAUCAAUUCAGAUGAAUGUGGAAAGGAAAUCGAAGAGUUAAACAAGAUUCGAGCCAAGGUCAUAGGAGACAUUUCAAAAUCUAAGCGUGAGAUAGUUUCAAAGGAGGCAAGGCUUGAGCAGCUUAAAACGCAUUGGCAAGAAAUAAUUGAGAAAUGUGAAUUAGAACAAUUAAGCCUUCCAAAGCUUGAUGACCCUAUGGAUGUUGAGACAUCAUUGCCUGGAUCUGGCUUCGAUUACAGUCAACUAAACAAAUCAUAUUUGCAAGAUAUGAGACUUGCUGAGCGGGAAAAGCUUGAGAUGGAUUUUAAGCAAAGAAUGGAUGCUUUAGUUGCUGAAAUUGAACGGACAGCUCCAAAUUUGAAAGCACUAGAUCAAUAUGAAGCUUUGCAAAUAAAAGAAAAGGAAGUAACUGAAAAAUUUGAAACUGUUAGGAAGGAAGAGAAAGAAGCAUCUGAUAAAUAUAAUGCUGUAAGGCAAAGAAGGUAUGAGCUGUUUAUGGAGGCUUUUGAGCACAUUUCUACAAACAUUGACAGAAUUUACAAGCAGCUUACGAAGAGUCAUACGCACCCACUUGGUGGAACUGCUUACCUAAAUCUAGAAAACGAGGACGAACCUUUCUUGCAUGGAAUAAAAUACACCGCCAUGCCACCAACUAAGCGCUUCAGGGAUAUGGACCAGUUAUCAGGUGGGGAAAAGACUGUUGCUGCGCUUGCCUUGCUUUUCGCUAUACACAGUUACAAGCCAUCUCCAUUCUUCAUUCUUGAUGAAGUAGAUGCAGCAUUGGACAAUCUAAAUGUUGCGAAGGUUGCUGGGUUCAUCAGAUCGAAAUCAUGCAGUGGGGCUAGGAUCGAACAAGACGGCGAAGCUGGGUGCGGCUUUCAGAGCAUUGUUAUCUCUUUGAAGGACACCUUCUAUGAUAAAGCUGAAGCAUUGAUUGGAGUUUACAGAGACUCUGAGAAAAGCUGUUCACAAACUCUAACAUUUGAUUUGACCAAGUAUAGGGAAGCCUGAACUUGAAGCAGUGAAAUGGAGAUAGCAUGAUAAUGAAUGGUGUUAAUAUUAUUGAUAGAUCCUUUAAAGCUUCUGAAAGCGGUAUGUAUAAUGCAGUUGAUUCUUGUUUGUAAAUUCACUGUUAAGCUCAUUUGUAUAGUUCUAUGAUUUCGACUUGGGACGUAUUUAAUCCAACCUAUUUCAAUGCCUUAGCUUGUGACCCUGAUUCUUUCAAAUUCCAAAUUGAUAUAUCUGCUCUAUUGAAAGUU